UUGAACCUUCUGGCGUUCCGUAGUCAGGCUCCAACAGGAUCUGAAGAACGACUUACAUAUUAGCAUUGCUACUGGAGUGUUCUACGCAACAGUCACACUGUUAUUAGUGUCAGAAAAGGCAUACGCGUUAAAUAUGCCUCUGCCUGUGCAGGUUUUUAACUUUCAGGGGGCUGUGGAACCUAUGCAGAUUGAUGCAGAUCCUCAGGAGGACCAGCAGAAUGCUCCAGACACGAACUACACAGUGGACAACCCAACGCUGGAUCUUGAACAGUAUGCGACCAGUUACAGUGGACUCAUGCGUAUCGAGAGACUCCAGUUUAUUGCGGAACAUUGCCCACAGCUCCGAGUGGAAGCUCUGAAGAUGGCUCUAACCUUUGUACAAAGGACCUUCAACGUUGACACUUAUGAAGAGGUCUAUCGCAGACUAUCGGAUGCCACACGGGAAGUACAAGGUGUACCAGAGGUACCUCCUGAGGGCGGGGUGGCCCCCCCUCCUUUAGAUUCAGCAUGGGCAGAGUCCACCAGGAAGAAGGCCCUGCUUAAAUUGGAGAAACUGGACACUGAUCUGAAGAAUUACAAAGGAAAUUCAAUUAAAGAGAGCAUUAGGAGGGGACAUGAUGACCUGGGGGAUCAUUACUUGGACUGUGGUGACCUCAGUAAUGCACUCAAGUGCUAUUCUCGAGCUAGGGACUACUGCACCAGUGCUAAACAUGUCAUUAACAUGUGCCUGAAUGUAAUCAAGGUUAGCGUUUAUCUCCAGAACUGGUCCCAUGUACUGAGCUAUGUCAAUAAGGCAGAAUCCACACCAGAGAUUGCAGAGCAACGAGGAGAACGAGACAGCCAAAAUCAGGCAGUUCUUACCAAAUUAAAGUGUGCUGCAGGCCUGGCAGAACUGGCUUCUCGAAAAUACAAACCGGCUGCCAAGUGCUUCCUGCAGGCUUCCUUUGACCACUGUGACUGUCCAGAGCUUUUGUCACCUAGUAAUGUAGCAGUCUAUGGAGGUUUAUGUGCUCUGGCCACGUUUGACAGACAGGAGCUCCAACGCAACGUCAUUUCGAGCAGCUCUUUUAAGUUAUUUCUAGAAUUAGAACCUCAAAUUCGUGAUAUCAUCUUUAAAUUCUAUGAAUCCAAAUACGCAUCUUGUCUCAAGCUCCUGGAUGAAAUGAAGGAUAAUCUUCUGUUGGACAUGUACUUGGCCCCACACGUCCGGACACUUUACAGCCAAAUCAGAAACAGAGCCCUUAUCCAGUAUUUCAGCCCUUACGUGUCAGCAGACAUGACUAAGAUGGCUCAAGCGUUCAAUACAACAGUGGCGGCCCUAGAAGAUGAGCUCACCCAGCUCAUCCUGGAGGGGCUCAUCAAUGCACGUAUUGAUUCCCAUAGCAAGAUUCUGUAUGCGAGGGAUGUGGACCAGAGAAGUACCACAUUUGAGAAAUCGCUCCACAUGGGCAAAGAGUUCCAGAGACGAGCCAAAGCCAUGAUCCUCAGAGCAGCUGUUCUUCGCAAUCAGAUCCAUGUCAAGUCUCCUCCCAGAGAAGGGAGUCAAGGUGAACUGACACCAGCCAACAGUCAAACGAGAAUGAGCACCAACAUGUGAGUCUGCACAUCAACCGGAGGAAAGGAUCAUCCAACCAUUCUUCUACAUCACUCACCUCAGUCCACCUCCUAGUUUCUUUGCUGAAGACAGAACACGCAACACACAGUGUAAAGACUUUAAAGAUCUGGAUUGAGCUCCUUGAUCACGUCUCACGAAAAGCCUGAACUAAUGUGGAAAUGUAAUCUAGAAAUGAAAGCGUGUGAAAAGUCAGCACUUAAGUUGUAACUGGUUGGAGAUGCACUUUUGCUCUGCUUACUAUACAUGGAGGACUUGUGAACAGAAAAAUGUUUUAAAAUAAAAUGCCUUCCAGAAAAUACUGUU